CUAGCCUCCAAGCUCUGGUGCGUCGUCGUGCUGUUUGCGAUAAUCCAUUCCGGCGAUCAACUACGCGGAUUUCACGGUGCGUGCUUCAUUCGUGCGUGGAUUUCAAUUCGAAUCAGUCGGGUCGUCGUAGUGCGAACGAAAUUGUGCCGUUAAUAGGUUGCGAAUUGUGUUCUAACAAGCUUGCAGUGAAAAUAUUGUGCUGAGUGUGCUUUGAAAGUAUGUCUCUGGGUAUUGUGUUCUUUAGAAAAUUAUUAACCACCCAGUGAAGUUGGCUCAUUCAGUCUAGCAAGUGUGUGCAGUGUUGGAAGCAAUUCUUCCCCAGACAGGUGCCCUUUAACGAGCCCGGUUUAACAGGCACUUGAAACACCGAAACACGCGUGAGGGUGUCUUACGGCGUAAAGAAACUCGAAAACAAACGCCUGCAUUAUACACCAUCUCGGCAUCAUCGGCUGCCGGCAGUUGUGUUACGCAUCGACGCCCGUACCAAGACACCACACAGGGCACCCGGCCACCGGCUUCCCGGCGUCUAAUGACGCGUCGGUCCCGCGCAACAAGCGGAACGCGAUCAAACUGAAAAUAGAAAAAGGUCCGACAGCUGGCAAGCGUACCAGUUCCUGCUUAAGCGUCAAUUUAAACAGUUUUUCAACAUGGCCAAUACUGUACGGUGGACUGUCAGCCGCCAAACGGCCCUGUGCUUUGUCACUGCACUGCUCUGUGCUGCAGUGCUGCCAAACUACACCGAAGCGUCCACUAGCAGCGUAUUUAAGGCACUGUCGAUAGGGGCCACCACUCAGUCCGUCACGUCCAGCACGCUGUCGUGGGAGAAGUUCAGCGAGGCCGAAACGCAUCUCCAGUAUGCCGUGCGUACGUACGAACCCGAACCGCACUCGCGGGAAGCGGCCGAAACUGCCGAGCAGCUGCACGCUCCCAACUACGUGUGUCGGGUGGAAAUUGAAGGAAUCUUCACGGGCGGCCACACGGUGACAGAAGAAUCGUCCACCAUCUGUAUCGUGGCGGCUCAACUGUCCGAGGUCGAACGGCACCAUGCGUUCGAGGUGCUCAUCAAUAUGGGCGGCGGUGGAAAGCUUAAGUGGCAACCGUGGAGUCGCUACCAUGCCGGUAUCUUCGGCGGUGCCGUCAGCGUUGGCACGGGCAAGUCUGCCGACUAUUACAUUGCCCGCAUUCGACCGGCGCACGGUGAGGGACAGCACCAUCAUCACGGUGGACACGAUUCGUAUGUGGUGGGAAACUUUGACCCAAAUGUGAAGCUUACUGGGCGUAUUAAUGCGCCCCUGCCCGGAUCCAGCAUGAGCACGGAACACGAACAUGGCGACAUCUUGGUGGAGAUCGAACCGGUCAAGUACGAAUUGCGUUCCAUCAAGCUGAACAAGCUACGCACUACUAUUAAGAAGAACACUACCGUGUUAGGUUCGACUAUUCUUUCCAACACGGACGACAAGACGAGUCUUGCGGAAACCGUCAUCACGUACGAUUUCAUGAAGGAAAUCUACUGGGGUAAACAUGAAGGCGUUGUGCAGGGUUUGUUUACGAAAGUGUACGAUUCUCGAUCGCAGCAAGCGUCUAACGUAACUUGGGGCAUCAAAAGCUCGGCGCGUCAUGUCGAGACGAAAUCGGUAAACACGAUGCUGGAGCCGGGAACUGCCAUCAACGUGACACUGUUUGGAAACUAUACAGAGAUGGAAGCACCAUAUUCAGCCACGAUCAAGGCAUACUAUGACGACAACAGUGAUCCCGUUAGCAGGCGGAUAAACACGGUCAUGGUCAGUCGAGAUAUGGAGGACGUAAAGAUGGAGUACAGUCCGGUGUAUUGGAUCGAAAAUGGUACGCUUGUGCCAACGACGACAACCACGACGACCACCACGACCACGACGACUACAACCACCACAACCACCACCACCACGUCGACGACCGAGGCCACCACCAGCUUGCGUCCGGUUCCGAUCAAUAGUACCCCCGUCGAAGGUGGCACCAUGAUCGAUGAGGAUGGCAUGAGCAACGAGAUUGGCCAUGCGCCAUCCACCAGCAGAGAUCUAGACGUUAGUCGGAGCAACGAAAAGCUGGACAACAUGUCGAGCCGCAGUCGCAGUCGAAGCCCGAAUGGAGCUUCCAGCUUAAAGGAAACAACCACCAAUCUGUACAAAAUAUUUGUGGUGGUGGCGGUCGUUUUGUUAUAUCCCAACUAAAAAACAAACCAAGCUUUUCAUUUAGUUGCGCGUCGUGCAGGGAACGUGCGAGUUCUCUAAAUGUGUUGCUUUCUAGUAAUUGGCCGUUAUCCCUCAUUUGCCCUAAGUCUAUUGGUCUAGCUGUAUGUCGAGCUUUGCUACAUUGAAGAAACAGAACCGCAAUUGUGAGGAAACAUUCUAUCGAACGGAUGUUUAAAGUGAACAAACAAAGUCGACCCCAUCCCGCGGCAUGUUUCUAGCGGGAAUUAACUUGUUUUUCUUUUAUCUCCACGAUAAAACGGCAUUGUUUUUAGUCAUUUAAGCUCGUAACAAGGCGUACUUUAGUGUGUAAGUCAACAAAAGUAUGACUAGCAAAAGCGACCGAAGACCAAAUCGGCACAGUUUUCUGAUCCCCUCGUAUAGGUAGUCUUUUCGGCAUCAUCAUCAUCAUCAUCAUCAUCUUCAGAAGGAAAGAUCCGAUCCAUCCCAGCGUGUUGGGUGGUGUUUCAUUAGAAGAAACACACACGUACGGAUAAUGAGACGAUACACUAGGAUCGUGUUUCGUUUUUUUUUUAUUGUAUUAGUAAGGCUAGCGAGAUAAGAACAAGCACUGUGCGUCGCGCAGGGAAGAAACAGCAGAGCUGGAGAGCUGAAGUUGUAUGUAAAAUUUAGUGGUUAAAUAAUUUUAUCCUUUUCUUCUGUAAAUAUCAAACAAUGUCGCAUGUGGUAGUGGCAGUUGCACUCGGUCCCUUGAACCAGGGUUACCUUUCCUCCUUUUGUAAAAGAGCGUUGCCAGUGUAUGUUUUGUUUUGUUUUAUAAACGUAUAGCGUAUAAGCUUUUCUGUCCCAUUUUAUUUAACCGCCGCUUGUGUGAAAGUGAAGCUAGUAAACCCAAUUCUCAAAUCGUAUUACACACUGCAAAAAGUGCGAUAAGUAAAAGCCACACAACAUUCCGUUCAAAACAAUGUAAAUGAAGUAAGGCCAAGCGCAACGAUGAGUGGACGGAAUUGUAAUGGUAGAAGAGUAAAGGGGGAAACACAAACGCAUGUUGUGAAAGGAAAACGAACGAGUGGGAAUGAGCAAAUGUAAUUCUAAAUGUAUACAAGCUUAAAUAUAUGAUAACUGUGUACGCGUAACAACUAUGCCAAUGCAACGGAACAGCAUAGGACAAAAUUGACCAAUGGUUUAACUUCAGUUUCCGUUUUUUUGUUGUAAAUUACUUUUUUUGCAAACUAAAACUACAAACCACUGAUUUCCACUUGCACCGAAGUUGAUGAAUGUGUCGAUUUAAAAAAAAACUUUCUAUUUCCCUCCCCCACUGCAAACGCGCACAUUGGGAUUGAUGGAUUGUACACUUGUUUUAUUUAUUAUAUGAUUAGCCGUUAGAAUACAGUUUAGCUUUGAUUUAUGCUUUAUUUUUAUCUCAAUAAAGUGCAAACUCAUUUCUCUUCACGUUG